AACAUAAUCGUUACCUCCGAAAGAUCGCGAACGUGUUGCGUUACGCCGAGAUGUGCGUUGUUCUUGUCUUGGUUUCGAGGCUCUCCAUCAACCUACCAUCCACUCUCAGAAACUCAACCGAGUAUUUCCGCAACUUCAUGGGCAGUCCUCGUUUUGUGUUUUUCCUCGGAAACGUCAUAAUCAUAACGUUGUUCGCCCAAUCUGGUCACUUUUCAAAUCAGUCGUCGGAUAAACCAUCCCCAGAACCCGAUCUGUAUCUCGAGUUUCUCCAAAACAGCACCAUCAAACCGAAACUGAAACUGAUCGUUCACAGCAACACUCGUAAAGCAAAGGGUCAACAAAUUGAUCCCACCAAAACAGAGACAAGUUUGGAGAUGGUGAAUAAGGAUUACAGAAGAUGUCAAUCGGACAUCGUAGAGCGCGUGGUGGAGAAUGAGAAACCCCCGCGCGUGUUGCAGAGGUGUGAGACUGAGAAAGUGAUUGGCAACGUUGAUUCCUACCCUGAAGAUGGGAUGAGCAACGACGACUUUCGUCGGAAGAUUGAGGCUUUCAUUGCUCGGCAACAGAGGCUACGAAAGCAAGAAUAAAAGUGUUAUUGUAUAUUGGUUCUACUAUUGGGUGAAAAGUGAAAACUAUACACAACCUAAAUAUGUGAUGUAUAGAUAACAUGUAUGUAAGUAGAGCUUAAAGGAAACUCAGUACAUUAUUGUUUUCAUCUUAAAA